AUGUUAUGUGAUACGUUGCUGCAUCUAAGUUGUGCUGAAAGAAAGGGUUUCAAGAGUUUUGGUAGAGUGUUAGGAAUCUGUGUGCAGUGUGAAGAAAACAUAACCUCUCCAAGUUGUGAUCCCAAAAGCAAAGACAUUUAUUUACUUGCAAAAGUGAAUAAUAAAUUAAACAGAUAUGAAGCUAUGGCUAAAAAACUGAGUGUAGAUAAUACCGAGCUUAAGAAAAAAGUCGAGGACUAUAGCCAAAAGAAUGCCGAACUGAAAGAAAGCGCACUGAAGCAUAAAAGGGAAAUUGAAAUCCUUAAUGACUUAGUGAGUGAAAUCAAAGAUAAGAACGGCCUAUUAGUGGAAAAAAAUGAAUAUCUAAAUGAAAAAAAUGCCGAACUUAAUGCAAAGUGUAAAAAAAUUGAAGCAGGGCUGACCAGUACAUAUGCUCAGGUUACAUCAAAUAACACAAAAUAUAAAUACCUAGGAAAUGUAAAUACUACACAGUCUAUUAUAAUUACGCCUAAAGAAACCCAAACAGCUGAAAAAACCAAAAGUGAUAUUGUAAACAAUAUUGACCUUGAAUCAUUGAAAGUAAAAGUAAUUUCAGUAAAGAAAAUGAAUGAAGGCAGAAUAAAGGUCAUAUGCUGUAAUGAGGAUGGAACUGAAAAACUAAAAAACGAGAUCCACGACACUAUGGAAAAUAAGUAUGAAACUAACGUAGAAAAAUUCGAGAUGCCUAAAAUCAAGAUAGUUGGAAUACAAAUAUGA